UACAGAGUGGGGAAAAUGCCGCGGAAAGGGUUAACCGAUCGAUUAAUGCCGCGCUCAGAGCGUACGUUCGUACUGACCAUCGUGAAUGGGAUGUGUUCCUUAGUAGCAUAAACUGUUCGUUGAGAAAAUCAAUACACCAAUCAGUUGGCAUGGCACCAUAUUUCGUGGUCUUUGGUCAGCACAUGGUUUCACAUGGCCAAGAUUACAAAAUGUUGCGAGAAGUCGAAUUACUCAACGAGGGCGAGGGAAAAUUGUCAAGAGCUGACGAAUUUCAGAAGAUUCGCUCAAACAUCGAGAAACACCUGACAAAAGCUUACAAGAGAAAUCAACGCACUUACGACCUGAGAUCCAAGCCUCGUUCGUUUGAGGUAGGUCAAGAAGUAAUAAAGAGAAAUUUUUCUUUGAGUGGCGCGGCCAAUAACGUUAACGCUAAACUAGCUCCAGUUGGAGUGAAGGCUCGCGUAAAGCAGAAAUGUGGCCAACUGAUUUAUCUACUGGAAGACUUGAACGGUAAAGAGCUGGGGAAAUUUCACAUUAAGGAUAUUUGGUAGCUAGA